AUGGAUGUACGGCGUAGAACCCCGCUUAGAGCAAUGCGGCCAAAGGAGCCCAAAACAGGCACAAACUCUACGGCCGCAUUAAGAAAUUAUAUGCAUUCCCCCAAACGCCCAGCUGCGGAGCGGCGCAACUUGCCACCGCUGCCAAAGGUGAGGGAUGCUCAGAGACAACAACAACAUCAAGAAGAAGAAGGAGAAACUCAUGACAGACGAUAUUCCGUUUCCUCUUUGGAGCCACUACAGCCAUUGCAGAGAGAUGUGCAACAUACAUCAGGUGCUCUAUUACAACAACAACAACAACAACAACAACAACCUCGUAUAUCGAGUGGAGUUAAAAAGAAUGAAAAGGCAAAAAAUGUGAGUGAAAGAGCUGGAAUGCAAAAGCUUCAUAUUCGUCGUUCUGUUCCCCUACCACACUCUGUAAAAACACAAGAGCCAAUUAUCAAUUGUGAUACUUCUGCAACAAGAAUAACAACACCCCAGCGUACAUUUACAUUUACCGAUGAUGAUCAGAUAAAAUUUAAUCGUUCUCUUGAAAUUCUAAACACUAUGAUGAGUGUUGAAUCUAAAAAUGUGGAUGCUCGAGCGUGGGUAACACGUUUUGUUGAAGGCAAAUCUGAAGCACGUUUAAGCAAGGAACACCUAUUUCCUGUUUGGAUUCUUGUAUGCUCGGAUGCUGUUCUUGCCAUUGAUUUAAAUGGUACAUCAAAACACCGAAAUUACAGUUGGAUUUCUGAGUCUCAAUUCACUUAUUUUCCGCCUGAUGGGUGUAUUGUCUUUCCUCUCCAGGAUGUACUUGUGAAGGGAGAGGUAAAACUUCCGCAGAGUGCGGCAGAAGCUGCGGCAAUGCAGAUGCCAUUAUCGCAAGAAAUACGUUGGGGUGUUCCACUUGCGGUUUUAUUUUUAAACCCACACGAGUCCUUAUCUAUUGUGCGGGAUGUAUGCCAGACAUAUCUGCCAUCGUUUUUACAGACAAUAUAUGCAGAUGGGGUGCCGUUAAAAGGCCAUUGGGAACCACGCGAAGUUUCGAGAUUACAGCCGGGUAUUAUACCGCUUGCGAAAACUGUCUCGGAUGCCAUUUAUUCCUGCAUGUCAACUGCAGGGGUGGGGACUUUUGCGGGUGAGGGGAACCGACUGCGAGAGAUAGAGCCACGUGAUGUAUCGAGUCCUCUUAGAAGAGACGAUUUCACUCCAGAGAAGAAGAAAGAGGAAGAGGAACAACAGAAAGAACAAGAAGAACAAGAAAAAGAAAAAGAACAACAACAACAGCAGGAGGGAAGAUCAUUGGGUGAGGUGCGUGAAUGGUGUAGUCCAUGGGAGAGUAGCGGGAAGCAACUUAUCUACACUGCACGGCUGUAUGCAUCCGGUACGGUGCCAUUAUCUUCAGCAUCCACAAUGGUGUGCCAUGCUGUGCUUGUGUUAACUCCGCGAGGGCCGUUGGAACUCAUUGUAGAGCCACCCACAAUGAGAGUAACUGUUAAAGAUGUGAAGAAAAGUCUUCUGCGUUCCGGACUGGGUCGUUCUCUGCGUCUACAACAGGAUGCGGUGGGUUUUAUCUACGCCCCAUCUACACCUGUAUUGGAGGAAGACGCUGUCAUUGAUGUUCGCUACGCAGUGCUACGUCUACAAACACAAAAUUAA